AUGGUUAACUUUACUGUUGCCCAGAUACGAGAAGUUAUGAACAAGCGUCAUAACAUUCGAAACCUCUCUGUCAUUGCUCAUGUUGAUCAUGGUAAAUCAACACUUACAGAUUCUUUAAUUGCCCGUGCAGGAAUUAUCUCUCAGGAAAAUGCUGGUCAAAUGCGAGCAAUGGAUACAAGAGAAGAUGAACAAGAGAGAUGUAUCACAAUCAAAUCAACUGGUAUAUCUCUUUAUUAUACGAUGCCAAAUGAAGAAAUUCCAGCUGAUAGUGAAGGUAAUGGUUUCCUCAUUAAUCUCAUUGACUCUCCAGGUCACAUUGACUUCUCCGCAGAAGUUACUGCUGCUCUUCGUGUCACCGAUGGUGCCCUUGUUGUUGUUGACUGCAUCGAAGGUGUUUGCGUCCAGACAGAAACUGUUCUUCGUCAAGCACUUUCUGAGCGCAUCAAGCCAGUUGUUAUUAUCAAUAAGAUUGAUCGCUCACUCCUCGAGCUCAACGCCGAACCAGAAGAUAUGUAUCUCCAAUAUUCAAAAGCCAUCGAUAUGGUAAAUGUUAUCAUUGCAACAUAUACAGAUGAGCAAGGUCCAAUGGGAGAUAUCAUUGUUUCUCCAGCUAAGGGAACUGUUGCAUUUGGUUCUGGCCUCCAUUCAUUUGGCUUCACAGUCAGAAAGUUCGCAAAGAUCUAUUCAGCUCGCUUCGGUGUUCCAGUUGAUAAGCUUGUUCCUCAGCUUUGGGGUGAACGCUUUUAUGAUCCAGUCACAAAAUGCUUCAUUUCCCAUGCAACAAACAGCAAAGGCCAGACUCUUGAACGCUCAUUCUGCCAGUAUAUUCUCAAGCCAAUUGUUGCUCUUUCUCGCGCCAUCAUGAAUGGUGAAAAAGAGAAGUACACAGAAAUGUUCAAAUUGCUUGGCAUUAAGCUCCAUGAUGAUGAAAUUCAUAAAGAAGGCUGUGAUCUACUUUCAGCAAUUUAUCGCCGCUGGAUUCCAAUGUCCGAAGCUCUUCUCGAAAUGAUUGUUCUUCAUCUUCCUUCACCAGUUAAAGCUCAAUCAUAUCGUGCAGAUAUACUCUACACAGGCCCACUCGAUGAUCCAUGUGCAGAAGCCAUUCGUAACUGCGAUCCAAAUGGUCCACUCAUGCUCUAUGUUUCAAAGAUGGUUCCAGCAAGUGACAAAGGCCGUUUCUAUGCUUUUGGUCGCGUUUUCUCUGGAACAGUUGCAACAGGUCAACGCGUUCGCGUUAUGGGUGCAAACUAUGUUCCAGGAGGCAAAGAUGACAUCCAUGUUACUAACAUUCAGCGCACAGUUCUUAUGAUGGGUGGAAAAGUUGAAAAUCUUCAGGAUUGCCCAUGUGGAAACACAAUUGGUCUUGUUGGCAUUGAUCAAUAUCUCGUCAAAUCUGGAACAAUUUCCACUCACGAUGAUGCUUGCCCAAUCAAAGCUAUGAAGUUCUCUGUUUCUCCAGUUGUUCGCGUUGCUGUUGAGCCAAAGGCAGCUCAAGAUUUGCAGAAGCUUGUUGAUGGCUUAAAUCGUCUUGCUAAAGCAGAUCCUUGCGUCCAAGUCACACACGAAGAAACAGGCGAGCACAUCAUUGCUGGUGCUGGCGAACUUCACCUUGAAAUUUGCUUAAAGGAUCUUGAAGAAGACUUUGCAGGCAUUCCAAUCAUUCGUUCUCCUCCUGUUGUUUCAUUCAGAGAAACAGUUACAAAACUUUCCAACACUGUCUGCAUGUCAAAGUCUGCAAACAAGCUUAACAGACUCAUGUGCCAGGCUGAACCACUCUCCGAUGAAUUACUCAAGGCCAUCGAAGCUGGAGAUGUCAAUCCACGUAUGGAUGUCAAGACACGUGCCAAGAUCUUACAGAAUGAUUUUGGUUGGGAGCAGAACGAUGCACGUCGUGUCUGGUCAUUCGGUCCAGACUCAAAUGGUCCAAACCUCCUUGUCGAUACAACAAAGUCUGCUGAAUAUCUUCAGGAAAUUAAGGAGCAUUUCGUUUCCGCAUUCCAGUGGGCUACAAAGCUCGGUGUCCUUGCUGAAGAGCCACUUCGUGGUGUACGUUUCAAUGUUGUUGAAGUGUUCCUUCACGCAGAUGCUGCCCACCGUAAUGGUGGUCAAAUGGUUCCAACGGGCCGUCGUGUUUUUUACGCUUCCGAAUACACCGCAGAACCAACACUCGUUGAGCCAGUUUACCUUUGCGAAAUCUCUGCUCCAAUCACAGUUUGUGGUGGUGUCCACUCAAUCCUUGCCAAGCGCCGUGGCCGCGCUUUCGAUCAAACGCAGCGUGAAGGCACACCACUCAUGAACAUCAAGGCUUAUCUUCCAGUUAUGGAGUCAUUCGGCUUCGACAAAGAUCUCCGUGGUGCAACAUCAGGUCAGGCUUUCCCACAGAUGAUCUUCGAUCACUGGGAACCACUCGAAGGUGAUCCAUUCCAUGCUGGUAACCGUCUCCAUGACACAAUUACAAGCGUCCGCAAGCGUAAAGGUCUCUCUGAAGAAGUUCCACCACUCGAUCGCUACCUUGACAAGCUUUAA